AUGACGAUGGCCGAACCAGUAGUAAAAACCCCUCUGACAGAAAACCCAAUAGAUUGGAAUUAUUGGAACCAAUCUAACUGGCCUGAAACUUAUUGCAAAAAUGGGAAAAGACAAGCGCCUAUAUGGAUCACGGACAAGAAGACUACGCCUGUAAGCUACAACGAUCUACAGUUUGAUGAUAAAUUUUAUGCUAGUUAUCCAGCAAAAAUUGUGAAUGACGAUUAUACAGUUGGAAUUCUAUUGGACGAUAUGUCGGUGAAGCCACAGAUAUCUCAAGGGGGAUUAAAAGACAACUACACAUUUCUUCAGUUUCAGUUUCGUUGGCCUUCUGAACACGUUGUAAAUUUUAGAAGAUAUCCUCUGGAACUUGCUAUGAUCUUUUAUAAUUCAAAAUACGGAAGCGUCGGAGAUGCAAUUCCUCAUGAAGAUGGGUUUAUUAUUCUUGUUUCAUUUUACGGGUUAUCAUUGCAUAAGCAUAAUCCCAUUUUUAAUAAUUUGAUUAGAAGUAUCCCCCAAAUUAAAAAUAAAAGACAGCAGCCCGUUUCUUUGGAAAAGAAAAUAACUCUUGCACAUUAUCUACCUAGACAUACAAAAAGAUUCUACCGCUAUCAUGGAUCUGUCACAAAACCAUACUGCGACGAAAUUGUAACUUUCUUGGUGUUUCCACGGCCUUCAUUCAUUUCAAUUUACCAGUACUUUUCACUGAUAAACAUUAUGGACCAACAAAAUCGUCGAGUUUAUUUUAACAACAGAGAGCUACAACCCCGAUACGGCAGAGAAGUUUACAAGAAAACCUAA